UCCGUUAACUUAACUUGGUCUUUUCAAUAAAUUGUCUCGCAUUCAUGAGCACUAGUUUAAAACAAAGAAUAAACAUUUAUAAUGAACAAGACAACAGCCAGGUAACACUGCAGGUAGAGUCAGAGUCCUAUGUUUAGCGCUUUACCAAGCAGAGUUAUUGCUACAGGAAGCCAAUUACAUCGGAUAUGGCACAUUGCCACUGGAUCUUCCAGGAUAUGGACCAGCAUUGAGGACAUGGACAAUAAAGAACAGGAGAAAGCUGUGAAGACCUAGUGGUUCUGGGUGAGGAUGGUAUAUGUCCACUCUCCGGCGACACCUCGCGGUCACAUAGAGAAGCAGUAGCAGUUUCAUAACAGGGCUUUUAUUUUGACGUGAUAAAAACCCGGAAGUUGGUUGUGCAACCGACGAAUGGCAGCCGCCAACAUCUCGAACACACCGCUGUGUCCACGGGUUAAAAGUGAAAACACAAACAAUUGUACCCCUCUUAGAGCUAUGCCAUCUGUCUUGCUGCUAAAAAACGUUUCUUAUUUGCAAUUUCUAAGACGCAGGAGAUUUUAGCCUACAGCUAAGUUAGUUAGCGAUGGAUCUGUUGGAGCCCCCCACGCCGGUGAAGGAUCAUGCUGCUUCUCCUUCGGAGUCCAAAGCCAAGAACUGCGAUCUGUCCCCCGCUAUGAGAGCCAAGAUCGAACGAAACAGACAGCGGGCUCUGAUGCUGAGGCAAGCCCGACUGGCCAGCAGACCGUCAGCAGGAGAAGGGGGUGGAACCUCGGCUAAAGUCGCCAAGACAGUCGACUCUGGAGGAGGGUUCUUCAUUGAUGAAGAAGAGGAGGGACAGGAGGAGCAAAGGACAAAGAAAGUGGUGCAUCAACCAGCCCCGGUGAUGGAGGCCGACUAUCUGCUGUGUGAUGACUGUGACAAGCCGUUUAUGGAUUCCUACCUCAGCAACGGCUUCGAUCUGGCAGUCUGUGACAGCUGCAGAGACAACGAGGUGAAACACAAGCUGAUGUCCCGUACGGAGGCUAAGCAGCUCUACCUACUGAAGGACUGUGAUCUGGACCAGAGGGAGCCAGUGCUGAGGUUUGUCCUGAGGAAGAACCCACACAACCCUCACUGGGGAGACAUGAAACUCUACCUCAAGCUGCAGGUGGAGAAGCGCUCCUUAGAGGUGUGGGGCUCCGAGGAGGCCCUGGAGGAGGCCAAGGAGUCCAGAGAGGAGAACAGGGAGGUGCAGAAGCAGAAGCGCUUCAACAAAAAGGUCAAAGAGCUCCGUCGUGCGGUGAGGAGCAGCGUGUGGACAAAGGACACCAGUGCUCACCAGCACGAGUACGGCCCUGAGGAACUAGUGGAUGAAGAGGAGGAUCUCUACAGGAAGGUCUGUAACACCUGUGGACAUGAACUGACCUAUGAGAAGAUGUAGCCUGGUGUCCUUUAAACCUUAUCCCGGAGGCUCACAGGGUGAGUUAUUUUUUUGUGGACCACUGGUAAUACACCCGACAUGUAAACUGAGAUUCAAAUGACUGAUGCCUCAUACUUGAGACAUGCCUUGAAGCUGCAGCAAGGAGGCCUACCUGGAAUCGUCUCGGCACAUGCCAUAAACAAAGCCACCACAACACUCAAACAACAUGGAUGUACUUGAGUCUAUCUACAACACCAUCAACACAUUUCUACAGUGAAGUGUUGUACUCCUCAGAAGCUGUUGAUAGCUGUUGUUAUCUGUUAUCUACUGUUUAGCAUGUUAACUUCCAUUUUGUAUUGACAAUUUCUAAGAUCAUGUUAUAUGUAGAAGGAUCUGCAUGUGCAAAAUAAAUAUAUUUUUCCAUAAUGUGAUCACUUUUUUGCAUCUGUACUUGACUUGUUUUAGAUCUGUAAACAAUCUCUAAAACAAAUGUGCCGUGUUGUGCUCUUGGUUAAGAUAGAUUGAUAGAGAAUGAUUGUAUUAAUUCAAAAUCAAGAAAUUGAUUUCAUUUGCAUUAAAUUAAUAGAAAAUGGUA